UCCCCCUGCCGGCGCGCGACCCGGUCCGUCCCGCGAACUCGCGCCGGUCCUGCGGCCCGGCCCGGCCCCGGCCCCGGCCCCGGGCCCCUCCGCCGCCGCCGCCACCGCCAUGGCCCGGCCGCUGGUGCCCAGCUCGCAGAAGGCGCUGCUGCUGGAGCUGAAGGGGCUGCAGGAGGAGCCGGUGGAGGGCUUCCGGGUAACGCUGGUGGACGAGGGCGACCUGUACAACUGGGAGGUGGCCAUCUUCGGGCCCCCCAACACCUACUACGAGGGCGGCUACUUCAAGGCUCGCCUCAAGUUCCCCAUCGACUACCCGUAUUCCCCACCAGCCUUCCGGUUCCUCACCAAGAUGUGGCACCCAAACAUCUAUGAGACAGGGGACGUGUGCAUCUCCAUCCUCCAUCCCCCAGUUGACGACCCACAGAGUGGGGAGCUGCCCUCAGAGCGGUGGAACCCCACACAGAAUGUCAGGACCAUCCUCCUGAGUGUGAUCUCCCUGCUGAAUGAGCCCAACACCUUCUCGCCUGCCAACGUGGACGCCUCGGUGAUGUACAGAAAGUGGAAGGAGAGCAAGGGGAAGGACCGCGAGUACACGGACAUCAUCCGGAAGCAGGUCCUGGGGACCAAGGUGGACGCAGAGCGCGAUGGCGUGAAGGUGCCCACCACGCUGGCCGAGUACUGCGUGAAGACCAAGGCGCCGGCGCCCGACGAGGGCUCAGACCUCUUCUACGAUGACUACUAUGAGGACGGCGAAGUGGAGGAGGCCGACAGCUGCUUUGGGGACGAAGAGGACGAUUCUGGCACCGAGGAGUCCUGACCACAUCCCCGAAAUAAACUUACAAAUUUUACCUCAGCGGGACCCGUGUGGGCCUCAGGCGACAGACUACCUCACCGAGGUUCCAUGACCCUUAGGUCCUCUUACCCUGUGUUCCCCAUGGGUUUUCCUCGGCUUUAGAGAAGAGCCGUGGCGCCGGGCAGACACCCCACUCAGCUCACAGAUGGUGACAAGCCUGGAAGGCUGGGGACCACCUGGUGGGGAGCCAGAGACUCCAUCCCAGCCCGAGCAGGGCCAGCCCCAGUCACCUCCUCUCUGCUUUGGUAUGUGUGAAAUCCAAAUAAAAUGGCUUUCUGAGAA